AUGCUCGUCAAGGCAGCCGAAGUCCAAAUUCAAGCAGGCAAUGCGUCAGAUGCCCUUUCUUUAGGCAAGAAGGCCCUGGAAGAAUCUCAAGCUGGCAGCGACAGCGCUUUAGCAUCUCUCAACCUCCUCGGUCAAAUCAGCCUUGAACUCGGUGAAUUCGAUGCUGCCCGCACGUACUUUCUUAAGGCAUGCGCCAUUGACGAAAAUGGCACCAAGGAUGAGGAAGUCGGCGGGGGCCCCGAGAAGUUCCUCUGCCUGGCUCAACUCAGCGAGGAGGGUGGUAAGGACAGUGUCAGCUGGUACGAAAAGGGCGCAUCUGCGUUAAAGAUCCAGAUACAGACCCUUGAGGACCUGCGGAAACGCAGCGAUGAGCAGGAGAUCCUGCUGGAUGAGCUGAAGAAGAAACACGCCAUGACUCUGUGCGCCGUCGUUGAACUCUACAUGACCGAUCUCUCGUGGGAGGAGGAUGCGGAGCAGCGUUGCGAGAUGCUCGUCACAGAAGCCACCAUGGUGGCGCCAGAUUACGCCGAGACUUGGCAGACGUUGGCCAAUGUGCGCAUCUCGCAGCAACGCAUAGAUGAUGCCAAGGCGGCGCUGUUGAGGAGCAUGGAGUUGUGGAAGGAUCUGGUUACCGAAGACCCCUCAGUACCCGACUUUCCCAGCAGAGUGGCGCUGUCUCGACUGCUUAUGGAGGUGGACUUGGAGCAGGAGGCCCUCGAGGUGUUAGAACGGCUGGUUGGUGAAGACGACCACAGUGUCGAGGUCUGGUAUCUUGGUGGGUGGGGACUGUACGUGAUGGGAGAGAAGCAAAGAAUAGAAAACCCGAAAGCCGAGGAGGACUGGAAGGCUUCAUGGCUUUCGAGUCGAACAUGGCUCAACCAAAGUCAACAUCUUUUUGCGCAGCAAGAUUAUGAAGAUGAUAGGCUCGGGGAGCAUACAAGGGAGCUUCUUACUGCAAUCGCCCAGGAGCUGGGCGAUGCGCCAUCUGGAGAGGAAGAUAACGAGGAAAACUGGGAAGACGACGGGGAUUCGGAUGACGCAAUGGAGGAAUAA